AUGCCAUCCAUGACGGGUGCUGCUAAAGCCGCCGCAAGUGCAGCUGCUGAAGUUCCGUCCUUUUAUUGGCUGGAUACUGCAGACAAGGUGCCAAAGAUGGGCGAGCUGUUGGCCGACAUCAGGGCUCAAAACAAAGCCGGUGCUAGCCCACCGAUCGCGGGCCAAUUCGUUGUGUACGAUCUACCUGAUCGUGACUGCGCGGCGUUGGCCAGCAAUGGAGAGUUCUCUAUCGCCAACGGCGGUGUUGCAAAUUACAAAGCCUACAUUGACGCCAUUCGUGAGGUGCUGGUUGAAUACUCUGAUGUUCAGACUAUUCUUGUCGUUGAACCUGACAGUCUGGCCAAUUUGGUUACCAACAUGGCUGUUCCAAAGUGUGCAGGCGCACAUAACGCUUACUUGGAGUGCACUGACUAUGCUGUCACUCAGCUGAACCUGGCCAAUGUUGCUAUGUAUCUAGAUGCUGGACACGCCGGAUGGCUUGGCUGGCCUGCAAAUCUGAGCCCAGCAGCUACACUUUACGCAAAUGUCUACAACGCUGCUAAAAAACCCGCGUCUCUGCGCGGACUUGUCACCAACGUUUCCAACUACAACGGCUGGUCUCUCACUACCUGUCCAUCGUACACGUCAGGAAAUGCCAACUGCGAUGAAAAGAAAUACAUAAACGCCCUUGCUCCCCUCCUUAAGAGUGCUGGCUGGGAUGCCCACUUCAUCACGGACACCGGGCGCAAUGGAGUCCAGCCCACUUCCCAAAAUGCCUGGGGCGAUUGGUGCAAUGUCAAGGGAACUGGUUUCGGUGUUCGACCAACCACCGAUACCGGUGAUGCCUUGGCCGAUGCCUUUGUCUGGGUGAAGCCGGGCGGUGAGAGUGAUGGUACUUCGGAUUCCAGUGCGACUCGCUAUGAUGCCCACUGUAGAUAUAGCGAUGCUCUCCAGCCUGCACCUGAGGCUGGCGCAUGGUUCCAGGCAUACUUUGCACAGCUUGUGGAGAACGCCAAUCCAUCGCUUUGA